AUGAAAGCUAUGAAAAAAAUGGAUGGUCCGAGAAAAGAUCGUAAACAAUUAUCGUGGGCUUAUCGAAAUAAAAAAAAACAAGGAAAAGUUGUUAAAAAAGAAUCAAAUAACAAUGAUAAUGUUCAAGUACAGAAUAAAAAAGCCCGGAUAAUUGUUAGAAAUUUAUCAUUCAAGGUUACAGAGGAUGACAUUAGAAAAUUUUAUUCGCCCUUUGGAGAAAUUGAACAAAUAGAUUUAUUAAGAAAACCUGACGGUAAACUUGUAGGGUGUGGUUUUAUCCAAUUUAAAAGGCUAGAAGAUGCAUCGAAAGCUAUUUUUAAAACGAAUAAAAAAGAAUUCCUUGGAAGACCAAUAACCAGUACGUGGGCUAUUGCAAAGUCUAAAUUCGUUGAGAAACUUCAACAAAAUGAAAAAGAUCAAGAAACUCCCAGAACUACAGAAGAACCAAGUGCAGAUAAUGAUGAUUUCAUUAAAUUGGAUGAUUCUGAUAAAAGUAAAUCGAGUUUUAAAAAACCGAUAAAAGUUAAAAAGAAAUUAACGUCUGAAGAAAGAAAAGAAUUAAAAUUAAAACAAAGAAAAAAACGAUCUAGAAUCGUAGUGAGAAAUUUAUCAUUUAAAGCUGAUGAAAAUACCAUUAAAGAGCAUUUUCAACAAUAUGGUACCAUUGAGGAAAUCAACAUGUUAAAAAAAGAUGAGAAAUUUACUGGUUGUGCUUUCAUACAAUUUGAUCAUGUUCAAAGUGCUAGAAAAGCUGUUUUUCACGCUAAUAUGAAACCCAUUUGCGAUAGGCCAAACGUUCCGUUUUCCGUGAAAAAUGAUGAAUUACGAAAGUGUAUGGAACAGUUUGGUCCAGUCUAUUAUGCACUAGUUUGUAUAGAUUCUUUGACAGAACAUUCUAAAGGCACGGCAUUCGUCAAAUUUGUCAAUGCUGAAGAUGCAGAAAAAUGCUUAUCAGCUGGCACAGAGUUACGUUUACACAAUCAAGUACUUGAUCCUCACCGAGCUUUAGAUCGAAAUGAGCUUGCCAACGGAAAUUCAUCGAAAUCUCGAAAAAUUAAAGAUUCGAGAAAUUUAUAUUUAGUAAAAGAAGGUGUUAUUAUGGCUGGUAGUCCAGCAGCACAGGGUGUUUCUGCAGCAGAUAUGAAAAAACGUUUAGAAUUAGAGCAAUGGAAAUCUCAAAUGCUUCGUAAUUUAACUAUGUUUGUAUCAAGAGUAAGAUUAAUUGUGCACAACUUACCUCCAAAUCUCGAAGAUUCAACUCUCAAGACAAUAUUUCUAAAACAUGCUGGACCUAAAGCAUUUAUAACUGAAGCGAGAAUAAUGCGUCAUCUUAAUAACAAAAACAGCGAAAUGAAUGGAACGUCAAAAGGAUUUGCAUUUGUAGCUUUUACAAAACAUGAAGAUGCUUUAAGAGCACUUCGGAUGAUUAAUAAUAAUCCAAACAUAUUUUCUAAAUCAAAGAGACCUAUUGUUGCUUUUUCAAUUGAAAGUAAAGCAAUUCUUAAUGCAAAAGAACGUCGAAUUAAAAGUAGCCGGGAAAAAAAUCCUUUAUGGAAAGACAACAAACGAGAUUAUUAUGAUAAAUCUUCUGAUCCUCCAGUUAAACGUUUAAAAAAUAACAAUGAGGAAAAGUUUGAGGAUGAGGAUGCACAGAAAUUUUCGGGCAUUAAUAGUAAACCUGGAGCACCUUUAAAAUUACGGGCUAAAUUUAAAUUGAAAGAACAAGCUCUUCGUCACCGCGAACAAUUGAAGACGGAGAAGAAAAACGCAAAAUCGAAACGACGAAUUAAAGAAAUCAAAACAAGUGAAUCCUUAUCUCGCAAAGAAAUAAAGCCUAAAGUAGGACAGAAGAAACCAACUAUCGAUGAAGCCAAUUUAAGUAAACUUAUCAAUAAUUAUAAAGAUAAAUUGACAUCGAUACCACAAAAUAAAUCGAAGUGGUAUGAUUCGUAA